AGUCUUGUUCGGCCCAGUUAGGUCCUGUCUCUCUCCCAUUCUGUGGUCCAUCUUCCUCCCAUUGUAUUAUCGAGUCCGCUGGGUGCAUUGCUAUUCCCGGGUCAAGAUGUCGUCCGGAGUUGAAAUCACGCGUCCGGAAGGUGCCAUCCCCUUGGCCCAAAAGUACUCGGGUCUGUCGGAGGAGGAGGUGAAGAAACGGAUCAUCGCCUACAAUCCGCCCGCCGAUUCGCGAUUCCCCAAUCAGAAUCAAACCAAGAACUGUUUCCAAAACUAUGUGGAUUUUCAACGGUGCGUGCGGCUGCGCGGUGAGGACUACAAACCGUGCCAGUUCUUUGAGCGGAACUACAAAUUCCUCUGUCCCACUGGCUGGAUCGAGAAGUGGGACGAGCAAUUGGAGAACAACACCUUCCCCGUGAAGUUGUAAGGGAAGACUCUCAUCAGCCUCUAAGAAUUCGUCUCGUAGUGUGUUAAUGCCUGGCCUCCCUCUCGAUUGGGCGUACCACGUCGGGGCUCAAACCCUACUUUUUAACAUCAUACGUAGCACCCCGACCCCGGAGCUGCCACAACUUUUGAGAAGCCAAUAAACGAAAGAUCCAGUAGA